CCGAAUUCAGUUCAACGACAUUCUGCUCAAAAUGUCAGCAACGACAAUGGCGUCUCCAGAAAUUCAAAUUGUAAAUAUUUCAAAUUUAGAGAAAAUUCAGUCGUUUCUAAAAGAUUCCGCCUACAGAGAGCUACUAGAAAAUAGUGAAAAUUAUAAUACGCGAUUAUGUAUAGAACGGCGACUGCGGAUGCCAUUCCUAGACCCACAAACUGGUGUUGCACAAAAUCAUUGUGCUUUGUUUAUGAAACGAAGACAGAGAAUGCCAGGGCUUCGUGAAGGUCAAAUUUACUCAUAUCCAUCUAGCCGAUGGAGAAAGUCUAGACGCAGUUACUUGAUACACCAACAUCGGCCUUUUCGGGUGUUCAGGGAACCAGAUCCGGAUUCGUUGCAAGGUUUGGAUCGAUCGUCUUUAAGUGCUCCCGCCGAUACGGAUAGUCGCGACAGUCACACGCACAGUCAUCGCGAGGAAACACCAAAGGAAUGGUUCUACGACGAAGUGAAUAUGCAUGAAAUCGAUCCAUUCGAAGAACGUGAUCCAGACUCAGACUUCGAUUAUGAUGACGGAACUUACAAGAAGAAGCCAAGACGUGGACGCAAGCCCAAUCCUGAUGGCGUAAGUCGACGUGGCAGGGGCCGUGGCAGAGGCCGUCGUAAAAUUAUGGAAGGUGAUCGGACACCAACGAAACGUGGUAGACCAACGGCAGCUGCUGCAGCUGCAUUUGCUUUAGCUCAACAAACUGCGACACCGCCACGAAUAAGCAGUCCACCACCACCACCGCCGCCACCGCCAGCUGAAGAUCCACAAAUACCAUUGCAAGAUCCAAACAGUCCAGACGAUGACGAGCCGAUCGUUCCGAUGAAGAAACCCAGUGAACGUGGUAAAGCAGUUCCGUCGCCAUACUGUGAUUUUUGUCUUGGUGAUUCGAGGGAAAACAAGAAAACCAGCAUUCCCGAAGAUUUGGUAUCGUGCUCAGAUUGUGGUCGCUCGGGUCAUCCAUCAUGUUUGCAGUUCACACCGAACAUGAUCAUUUCAGUGAAGCGAUACCGAUGGCAGUGUAUUGAAUGCAAAUAUUGUUCCAUUUGCGGUACAUCAGACAACGACGACCAAUUGCUCUUCUGCGACGAUUGUGAUCGAGGUUACCACAUGUAUUGCUUGACGCCACCGUUAACCGAUCCGCCAGAAGGGUCAUGGAGCUGUAACAUUUGCCAUGAAGAAUUUCACAGUGGAAAGUGAAUGUGAUCGAAGGAAAUAUUAUUUUUGAAAAUAGUUUUAAAAGAGAAAAAACCGCGCCUAAUACACGUCCUCCCUCAUAUAAGUAUUGAAAAAAUUGAAACUUCCUGCAGUUAUGACGACACAGAAGUUGGGUAAUGUAAAAAAAAUGAAUUACAGAAGUAAUGUAAGAUACUGGUAACUAAUUAAUAUUUAGAUCUAACGAACUAACUCUUCUUGCUCUCAGUUACUUAAGUUUGUAAGGACAAUUUAUAGUUGGUAAACUGUGUGAAUAACUAUCGCAAAGGUAAAUAUAAUUAAGAAAUAGAAUUAUUUCAUAAUAAGAAAAUGAGUUCACGUUUUUUUCUGUUUGUCUCUUAAUUUCUUUUCUUUUAAUCGUGAAUGGCCAAUUGAAGCCACUGUGUACAUUUUUGUUGCGAAAUUUGUUCUUUCCAAACUAAUCUUGUUGCGAGAUUAUUUUUAGACUUUUCCCUGUAAACUAAAGCUUAAUUUUAAGAUUUGUUUUUCACAAUUUUUUUUAUGUAAAGUUUUUCUAAUAAAUAAUAGACACACGGUACA